AGGCAUAGCAUGUGGACUGCAGUUGAAGGUGCAUGGCCUUUUGGUUGGUGUAACUGGUGGGUUAAUUUGUGGACAGCAGCGUGUUUUAGCGCUAUAAACCAGCUUAGUAUUUGCAGUUGGGAACAGCUGCAGACAUGGUUGCUGGCUUCUUAAUUACAAGAGUAUUGCUGGGCUGCCUGUUGAAUCAACUGAACUGCUUAGUUUUGGCAACAGUUGGACAUCAUGGAUGGCAUACUGACCAAAAAAGUGACCACUCACCACCACUGCAGCAGCAUGACCACCACCAUGGGCAUCAUGUUCCCUUUAAAUGGUCACAUGAUGAUUCACCAUCUAAGAAGUUAGAAGUUCGCUUAGAAUUACCUAGUGGCCAUGGACACCACCAUGGCCACCACAAAGGGGCUGGUUCAAAAGGCCAUUCUCAUGGUUUUCAUUUACCUGGACGGGUUGAAAUUGUUGUUGGGAAAGCAGACCCCCCAAAACAGGAAUCAUCCCACCAUGGCAAACCUUGGUCCAUCUUGCACCAUGCGCUGGGGCACCAUCUCCACCCAACAAAGAAUCUGCCGCAACUCUUUCAUCAUCUGUUUGGACACCACCAUGACUGCCGACACCAUCAUGGUCCAGGGCAACAUAAGCACCAUGGGCUGGGACAUCACCAUGGGCUGGGACAUCACCAUGGGCCGGGACAUCACCACCACCACCACCACCAUGGGCCGGGCCCACACCACCACCACCAAGGGCCAGACCACCACCACGGGCCCGGCCAACACCACCACCACGGGCCCGGCCAACACCACCACCACGGGCCCGGCCAACACCACCACCACGGGCCCGGCCAACACCACCACCACGGGCCCGGCCACCACCACGGGCCCGGUCACCACCACGGGCCAGGUCACCACGGGCCCGGUCACCACCACGGGCCAGGUCACCACGGGCCCGGUCACCACCACGGGCCAGGUCACCACGGGCCCGGUCACCACCACGGGCCAGGUCACCAUGGGCCCGGUCACCACCACCACCACGGGCCAGGUCACCACGGGCCCGGUCAACACCACCACGGGCCCGGUCACCACAGACAGGAUAGACAAAUGA